CACUCAUCUCACUCUCUUCUGCACUCUCCCUUUGCACUCAUCUCACUCCCCCCCUUCCUUUCCCUUCCCCACCCUCUACUCUCCUUCACUCCACCCCCAGCCCCCAUGCCACUCUCCUGGGUUCUCAAGCCCAUUGCGAUCGCAUCAGCGGUCGCUUUCGGUGCUCUUGGCGUCCUCUCAAGACGCUACCAACGCGCCCGAUUCUACUUCAACCUCACAAUCUAUGUCACGACGCUGGCCUCGGCGAGCUUCUGGGGUCUUCUCAUCAGCAUUAUCGCUACCGCUGCUGGCCAGCGGUACAACAUCAACUACCUGGUUGCACGUUCAUUCUAUCACAUCGCCCACCCUCUGAUGGGCUUGCACUUUGACGUCGAGGGCCAGGAGCACCUCGAUGGCCUCCUCACUGCUCGCGACGGCAAGCCCCAGAGCGCCGUCAUUAUUGGAAACCACCAAAGCAUGCUCGACAUUCUCUACCUCGGCCGCAUCUUCCCCAAGCGGACAUCAAUCAUGGCUAAGAAGGAGCUCAAGAUGACUCCUAUUCUCGGCCAGUACAUGACCCUUUCUGGUGCAGUGUUCAUCGACCGCAAGAACCGCAAGGACGCGGUCAACACGGUUGAGCAGGCCGGCGCUACCAUGAAGAAGAACGAUGUCUCGAUCUGGAUCUUCCCUGAAGGAACACGCUCCUUGCACCCCGAACCUACAAUGCUGCCCUUCAAGAAGGGUGCAUUCCACCUCGCUGUGCAGGCGCAGAUCCCUGUCGUCCCGGUCGUGUGUGAGAACUACCACCGGUUGUUCGACAGCAAGUCGCGUCUGGACGGCGGCCGUUUGAAGAUUAAGAUUCUUCCUCCCAUUUCCACCAAGGGCUUGACGGCUGACGAUGUCCACGCUCUCGCCGAGUCUACUCAGAAGCUCAUGCUCGAGACGCUCAUUGAGAUUUCUGCUCCUGCUCCCUCGCCAGCACCAAAGGCGCUUCGUGCCGCAGAUUCGUCGACUGCCAAGACGACGUCAAGCCAGCUGAUCGUUGACGGAGACAACAAGCUGCGCUCGCGCUCGGCUAGCGACACCCCGGCCACCUCGUCGAUCGCCGCUUCGACUGAGUCUCUAACGACCGAGGAUGAGAUGGACGACGACGCCGUGCUCCUCAAGCGUCCCAAGGCUGAAUAAAUCAGCAUUUAUAGUGUACAGUGUGUGUAGGGUAUGGGAGGGUGGUGGCCGCGUCGAGAUCUAGAUGCAUGAUGACACGAGA